AAAUUAUCUUUGCAAGUCACAAGCACGAUUUUCCCCCACGUCGGGUUCCAUGUGGGCAAUAUUAGUUCCAGUAAAUUAAUAAAUAUUGCACAAAAAAUGGGAAAAAUUGCAAAUGAGUCAACUUCUAAAACGGGGGUGGUAUUAAUUCUCCUAAUUUUGGGGUUGGGAUUUGAAAUUGAGAGUGUUGAGGGUCGGAACAUCUUGGCCGUGGAGUUUUUCGGGAGUAAAAGCCAUGUAAUUACGUAUCUUCCCUUGCUCGAGGAAUUGGCAAGGAAAGGAGACAAGGUAACACUCCUCAGCCCCACCAAAGGCCUCUCAAAACACCCCAACAUCACCGAAAUCUUCACCUUCGGCUCCGACGAAAUCUGGUCCGACAACAACAUCGAUUUAUUCGCGAUGCGCGAGCGAAACGAAGAAAUCAACCCGUGGACCAUGUUGACCCAAGUUGUGCCGAAAUAUUGCCGAGAAGUGUACGACCGCGCCGACGUUAAAGCCUUAUACGCCACCGAUUUCGACUUGAUCCUAAUCCAACCGCUCUUUAACGACUGCGCGCUCGGACUUGUGCACAAAAUCAUGUCGAAAAAUGGGAAAUCAAAGACACCGCUUGUCCUGUUCUCGCCGACCAGCGCGCCGAAUUUUUUGGUCGAAAAACUUGGCGGGAAUCACCCCAGCUCGUUCGUUUCGAACACGUUUAUCAACCUCGGAGACGAUAUGACGUUUUCCGAGAGGUUUUUGAACUUUGGGAUGAACGUGCUGUUCGACGGGCUUUAUUCAUUUUACUAUCUGCCCGUGAUGGAGGAGCUGUACAGGGAGAAGGUCGGGAGUGAUGCGCCCGGAGCGGGGGAAAUUUUGGGGAGAGCGUCGAUGAUUUUGUCGAACGGGCAUUUUUCGGUGAGUCGGCCGAAACCGAAUCUUCCGGAUGUCGUGGAUGUGGGUGGGAUUCAUUCGAGGAAGGCGAAACCACUGCCGAAGGAUUUGGAAGACUUCAUUUCCUCUGGAAACAGUGACGCGGGUUUCAUCCUCUUCUCCCUGGGAACUUACCUCCGCUCGGAUUUAAUGUCCCCCGAAAAACGAGCCAUUUUCCUCAACGUGUUUAGCCGUUUGAAGCAGAAAGUGAUUUGGAAGUAUGAAACGGACGAUAUUCCGAACCUGCCAAAGAACGUGCUUCUGAGCAAAUGGUUGCCCCAGCAGGACCUCCUCGGGCACGGGAAGAUCCGACUGUUCAUGACGCACUGCGGGGGUGGGGGGACGGAGGAGGCCAUCUUCCACGGGGUGCCCCUCCUGGGGAUGCCCUUCUUCGGAGACCAGCCCCUCAACGCGCAGGCCGCCGAGAAGCACGGCUACCUCGUCAGGCUCGACUGGAACGAUUUGACGGAAGAAAGCCUCACCAACGCGAUCAAUGAAGCCAUCAAUAAUCCAAAAUAUCGUGAAAACGUGCAACGUUUAUCAACCGUUUUCCGUGACCAGAUCGACAAUCCGUUAGACAGGGGCGUGUUUUGGUUGGAGUACGUCAUGCGACACAAAGGCGCGCCACAUUUGCGGUCACCAGCGCGAAAUCUGUCUUCAAUUCAGUACCACUCCCUCGACGUGAUUGCUGCCUAUUUGGCCAUCAUUAUAGGAACGCUUUACGUACUCUACGCCAUCUUGCGAUGGAUUCUACGCUGCUGCUGCGGAUCUACCGCGACAAAGACAAAAUUUUCCGCGAAAACUGUUCGCAAGCAUAAAAAACAGUAGAUAAUUAAGCAGUAUAAUAAGUCCUUAUCAAGGCUAAAUUUAAAUAAAUUAUUAACAAAAUUGCUAUCUAUUAUUAUUAAAUUUAUUAAAUAAGAGGAGAAUUUUCAGAUCGUAUUAAAUAGAUAUGUGUUGAUUAAACAAAAUUAAUUAUGCGGACAAGAUCUUACAAAUAAAUGGGCGGACAAUGAAAGAAUUUUAAAGAUA